UCAAGAUGGAGACCAUGCGACUGUCCACCACUAAGCUGAUGUUGGAGAAUGCCUGCUUCCUGAUGCAGAGUGACAGCAUGGUGGCCUGGCCCCUCAUCUGUGACCCCACCAGUCGCGUCCUAGACUGGCUCAGGAGCUUCUACGGCGACACAGGCCUUGUGGAGGUCAAAUAUUCUGAGAUCCGCUCCCAGUUUGAGAACUGUCUGGCUGAGGGCUGCCCUCUGUUGGUGACAGAUUGUGACACAAUGCAACUAGCCAAGGACAAGCGCUUCAGGGAUGCCAUACAAAGCUGUAAACAUUUCAUCAACGGCAAAGCCAAGUUCAAAAUCACUGUGGAGGAUCAUGAAGUGGAGUGUGAUCCACGUUUCCGCCUGUUCCUACACACCACGGUGGAGCCCCAUAUUGUACCACCACACCUGGCGGCGUACACGUCCGUGAUCUACUUCCAGCGGUCUCGCGCCGACAUCGAGGAAACCUUAUUGGACCGGUUCAUUUACCAGGAGAAAUCCAAACUAGAGGAGGAGAGAGUCUCACUACUCCAGGUGUGGAAAAUUUAA